ACUAACGACUUGCAUAAACCCUUUGAAGAGAGAGAGCCGAAUUUCAAAUCUUGAAAACGGAGGGUAAAAAAGGCGCGAACCAUCGUACCGGCGACCGGAAACUGUCAACUCCGAACUAGAAUGAGUCAACUCGUCCCACCAAGAGGCGAGUGGACUCACCACCGCCUUUGCGAUUUUGCAAAGACCGCCCUCAUCAAGAUCUUCUCGCACCCCUACGUCACGGUUUGUGAUUUGUAUUGCGCCCGAGGGGCGGAUGCGGAGAAAUGGGACGAAGCUCAAAUCAGUCAUUACAUUGGAAUUGAUGAAUCCAGUUCUGGAAUCGGCCAGAUGCGAGAGGCAUGGGAGAGUCAGAGGAAGUCUUACACUGCUGAAUUCUUUGAAGUUGAUCCUUGCGUUGAAAAUAUUGAAGCUCAUUUGAAAGACAAAACUGAGAUAGCUGAUCUAGUCUCCUGCUUGCAGCAUCUGCAGAUGUGUUUUGAAACCGAGGAGAGAGCACAGAGACUCUUACAUAAUGUGUCAGCAUUGCUUAAACCUGGGGGCUACUUUUUUGGCAUUACUCCAGACUCGUCUACAAUAUGGGCAAAGUAUCAGAAGAAUGUCGAAGCAUACCACAAUAGGAGUGCUGGCAUGAAGCCUAAUAUAGUACCCAAUUGCAUAAGAUCGGAAAGCUACAUGAUCACCUUUGAAGUGGAAGAAGAGAAGUUCCCUUUGUUUGGAAAGAAAUAUCAACUGAAAUUUGCAAAUGACCUCUCUGCUGAGACUCAUUGUUUAGUCCAUUUUCCAAGCUUUAUCAGGUUGGCUAGAGAAGCAGGUCUUGAGUAUAUCGAGAUUCAAAACUUGACUGAAUUCUUUGAUGAUCACAGAGCACAAUUUGCAGGCAUGCUCAUGAAUUUUGGUCAAAACAUUCUGGAUCCCAGGGGGAGACUUCUUCCUCGAUCAUAUGAUGUACUAGGUCUGUACACAACAUUCAUAUUUCAGAAGCCAGAUCCAGACAUCACUCCACCAAUUAUGACCCCCUUAUUGCCAGAAACUAGUUAUGAUCACGAAGAGAUAGAGUGGCAGGGGAGUGUGUGGCGAGAUGAAGAAAGAAGUGUACAGCCAGAUCAUGUUUCCGGUCCGGUUCCUGUUCUUGUUCCUGUUCCUGUUCCUGUUCCGGUUGCGGUUCCAGUUCCGGUUUCAGUUACCGUUCCGGUUCCAGUUGUGGUCCCAAUCUCCAUCCCUGGGCUAGGCAAGAUUAGUGAACAGAAGGGGAUUUUGGGUCCUGGCCCUGCAGAUUUACGUUUUCCGGAGGCUCUUUAGCCUUAGCUUGAUUUUUCUCUCUUUCUUUUUUGGUUUUUUUUAGGAUGAAGCUUUAAGUUGAAACUGAAUCUGUAUAAAUUUUUGCAAGAAAAUAUAUGAGGCUGAAAAACAAUGCUCAUUUUGAGCUAAGAUGGUGGUUGAUUAUCUUUUAAAAAUGCAAAAAAUAAAACAAAGAAAUUUAUA